AUGCUGCCUUCACCGCCUGAACAUCUCUCUCGCCCUCUCUCUCUAUCUCUCUCUCUCUCUUUCAUUCUCUCUCUCGCACCCUGUCUGACUAUCCCUCCACAAGCGCGUACCUACGCAUAUGACUACCAGCGCAGAUACGCAAGAGCCUCAGUCGUCCUGCUGGUCGAGUAUUGGGACUGUCUCCACGAGUCCGCCAGUCGUGCGCGGCCCACUGACGCCACGGCCGAGGCUGCUUCACCAUCCGAGCCGCCUGUUUCAGUCCGCGAGACGUGCCUUUUUGUCUGCGUCGAAGGGCCUCUGCCGUUGCGUUCGGUCGACGGCUCGCCGUCCGGCGCCGCCGCCGCAAACUCGACGUCGCCGCCGCCGCGGCCGCCGCUUACAAACACGCCGGCCAAGUUGGGUAUCCUUUUCAAGCCCUGCCUCAGCCGGUUCCGGCCGUGCCGAGGCCGCGGUCGGUCGGCCUGCCGCCUGGCCGCUCUCUCUCUCUCUCUCUCUCUCUCUCUCUCUUUAACUUUCUCCUCUUUCCUGCCGCCUUCUUGCUGUGUACGGCCAGGCGAGGCUCGAGCUCUCGAGUGCUAG